AUGACCAAGUGGGCUCUGCUGGUGCUGAUGGUCCUGACAUUGGGCAGGGUCCUGCUUGUCCCAGCGACCCCUAUCCCAGCCUUCCAGCUCAUCCCUCAGAACUUUCCCCAGGCCACUCCCUGCCCUGUGGCCUCGGAGAGUCCCUCAGCCAGCGCCACAGGCCCCUCUGCUGCUUGGGGCCACCCCAACCCUGACCCCCACCCUGGUCCCCGCAUCACCCUCUCCCUGGAUGUCCCCGUCGGCCUCCUGCAGAUCUUACUGGAGCAGGUCCGGGCCAGGGCUGCGAGGGAGCAGGCUGCUGCCAACGCUCGCAUCCUGGCCCAUGUUGGCCGCCGCUGA